AUGGCUCUUGUUUCCAUGACAACGGGUCAAGGUCAACAAGGGAUGUCCCCGUGUCAAAAUAACUUUGUUCAAAACCUCAACACCUGUGUUCAAAAUAGUCAGAUGGACUUUAAUAACUUUUUAUACUUGUUGACAAACGGGACAAACGGACAAGCGCCCGACAGUCCCGACACGUUCAGACAAGAUGCUUGUAGCAAGCAGGAGGCGUUGCUUCAUUGCGGUGUGGAGUUCAUGAGGACAUUGAUCAACUCUACGAUGUGUGCCCCGAGCCAAACACAACAGGAUCAGAGACGCCUCAUCAACAGACCGUUCUGUUCCCUCUUCGGAUCUCUGGACGCGAUGUGCGCACACCCAUGUCGCCGAACUCUCACGGAGGAUCUACGUCAGUGUUAUGUUGACGCCAACCUUGACCCCACCCUCUUCCUCUCCAACUCCACCAUUGGCCGCGGCGCCAUCAUCGGGACCACAGCGGAUCAGGCUGACACUAAUUGUAAGAACAAAGACUCUCUCUUGACAUGCAUGAAACAAAAGAGAGACGAUUGUCCUGAAUCUCCCAUGAUUCUCCGCGCCAUCGGCCUUGACAUUGAAUCUAUGGACAAAGGUGUUGGAGUACUGUGCGCUCACCCUGACGUGUACCUCAACGGCAUCGACUGUUUCGCCGAGCCCACAGACGCUGUUGUGUCGUGUCAGCAGACAAUGAACCAGAAGACCAUGGAGUUGAUGAUGACGGCAGAACAACAGAACCUCAAAGAGGACCAGUUCUUCAACAGAUUCUGUGACGUCCGUCUGGAGCACGUCAGCUGUGAUCUGGAUGCCUGGAGCAAAAAGAACCACAAGUCUUGUGCGGAUGCCGUCAUUGGUUUGAGGACAGAGUUGGAGUGUGGUCUUCUUCCAGACAACUGUGGUACAACUCAUAAACAGACCAUUUUCAAGGUCUGUCACCAUGAAAACUUUAAGAAGGACAUGAGACCGUUUAACAGUGACACCAUACUUUCAGCCACAAUGGGGACAGUGUCUUUUUUCAUGGUGACAGACCUUGUCAAUGGUCUGUUUGUGUGUAGCACCACAGUUGUCUGGAAGAAGACCACACUCCAACUCCGUCCUCAAACCAAUGACGGCAUCCGCACAAGACAUGUGGUUCUUUUUGCUCCAGGCUUCCAGAUCACAGCUGACGUGCUCCAGACGGACGUCACAGAAUCUGUUGAAGAACUGGUCCUCUUUGAGGUUCUGUUGUUCUGCCGUCAUCAUCAACUCCAUGGUCUUCUGGUUCAUUGUCUGCUGACACGACACAACAGCUUCUGUGGGUUCCGCAAAACAGUCGAUGCCGUUGAGGUACACUUCAGGGUGAGCGCACAGAACUCCAACACCUUUGUCCAUAGACUCAAUGUCAAGGCCGAUGGCGCGGAGAAUCAUGGGAGAUUCAGGACAGUCGUCUCUCUUCUGUUUCAUGCAUGUCACGAGAGAGUCUUUGUUCUUGCAAUAAGUGUCAGCCUGAUCCGCUGUGGUCCCGAUGAUGGCGCCGCGGCCCAUGGUGGAGUUGGAGAGGAAGAGGGUGGGGUCAAGUAUAUAAAGUACCCGGGACUUCACUUGUUUUUCACAUUUCUCAAUCGGUACAUCAGCAUGUUUGGAAAAACAUUGUCUUGUUGUGUUGCCAUGGUUCUUGUUUCCAUGACAACGGCUCAAAGUCAACAAGGAAUGACCCCGUGUCAAAAUAACUUUGUUCAAAACCUCAACACAUGUGUUCAAAAUAGUCAGAUGAACUUUAAUAACUUUUUAUACUUAUUGUCAAACGGAACAAACGGACAAGCUCCCGCCAGUCCCGACACGUUCAGACAAGAUGCUUGUAGCAAGCAGGAGGCGUUGCUUCAGUGCGGUGUGGAGUUCAUGAGGACAUUGAUCAACUCUACUUCGUGUGCAGCAACUCAAACACAACAGGAUCAGAGACCCCUCAUCGACAGACAGUUCCGUUCCCUCUUCGGAUCUCUGGAUGAGAUGUGCGCACACCCAUGUCGCCGUACACUCACGGAGGAUCUACGUCAGUGUUAUGUUGACGCCAACCUUGACCCCACCCUCUUCCUCUCCAACUCCACCAUGGGCCGCGGCGCCAUUAUCGGGACCACAGCGGAUCAGGCUGACACUUUCUGUAAGAACAAAGACUCUCUCUUGACAUGCAUGAAACAGAAGAGAGACGAUUGUCCUGAAUCUCCCAUGAUUCUCCGCGCCAUCGGCCUUGACAUUGAGUCUAUGGACAAAGGUGUUGGAGUUCUGUGCGUUCACCCUGAAGUGUACCUCAACGGCAUCGACUGUUUCGCGGAACCCACAGAAGCUGUUGUGUCGUGUCAGCAGACAAUGAACCAGAAGACCAUGGAGUUGAUGAUGACGGCAGAACAACAGAACCUCAAAGAGGACCAGUUCUUCAACAGAUUCUGUGACGUCCGUCUGGAGCACGUCAGCUGUGAUCUGGAAGCCUGGAGCAAAAAGAACCACAAGUCUUGUGCGGAUGCCGUCAUUGGUUUGAGGACGGAGUUGGAGUGUGGUCUUCUUCCAGACAACUGUGGUUCAACGCAUAAACAGACCAUUGACAAGGUCUGUCACCAUGAAAACUUUAAGAAGGACAUAAGACCUUUUAACAGUGGCACCACAGCUUCAGCUACAAUUGGUACAUUUCUAAUUUGGAUAAUUCCAAAUGUGAUCCCAUUUCACUGACAUCAUGGUGACUUGAGAUGAAUCCUUUGCUUUUAGAAAGCAAAUCCAUAAUUUACUCAUAGACUUCAUGUGUUUAAAUAUAAUGAUUAUUUAGUAAAUUGUUUUAUGAAAUAUAUUUAUUAACACUUAUAUAUGGCUAUCAUGUCAUUUUUGUCAUCCGUCUUUACUGAAGGAUCAAGUGUUUUUUCUUUUACUGUUUUUGAGAGACUAUCAUACAACCGACCAUGGACUUUGUAUAAGCAAGCAAGGUCAAAGUGUAGUAUUAUAAGUUAAAUGACCUGAAUUUUGAAAAAAAGAUGAACAAAUGACAAACCGACAAAAGACAACAGAGGUGGAUAAAGAAACACAGAUAUUCAUUUUAACAUGUUUUGAAGAACUUAUGUUUUUUUAUGUUUCAAGUGGAGUUUAGCCUAUUUGUACAGUUCUGGGCAAACAAAAGUGGCAAGCUGUUACUUGGAGCGGUAAGAUCGAACUUUUGGGGAAACAAUACCGAAUUUUGUUGCGUUCGCAUCCCUAUUCGUUCAGAUUAGUAUCCUAGGGGUUUUCCAGGACAGUGCUCGUGGGUCUCAUACAUAUUGUAAACGUCCACGACAAGGGUCAUUUAGGGAAUUCCCCCCGCAUUAAUCUGGUACGUCACGAUAGAACUUGAGUACAGGUGAAGGCGAUGUUAAACCCAACACACUCACUAUCUGCAAUCCCUCCUUGGUAUGGCUUGAUAAUAGUACCUGGGGCUAGCCUUGCACAGAACAGAUUCGCUCACUCCAUCCACGACUCACGCGUAGUACCUGAUGAGGAUGCAUGUGCACGGGUAAGCGGCUCCAUCUGGAACCGCGUAUGGUCUACUUAAGAAAUAAACGACGAGUGGAAAUUGUUUAUCGUACAAUGUAGUGGUUUAUCCCCCCUGCAGUGUUAUAUUUCGUAUAUGAGACAUCAGCAUUAUGUAUAGUCUAUUCAAGGAUGUUAAACAAAUGUACAAGGUUUGAAACUGUUUACCCGUAUUUAAAUAAUGAUGUCUCCCCGAAUAAAAUUGGAUCUCGGCGAUGUCGGAGUUUCACGUUUCA